GUCCAACACUCCCGGAUGCGUGAUGGAUUCCAAUGCGGCUUCUGAAAGCUAACACGUUUAUCCAACGGUUACUGUCUUUGUAAUGCGAAAAUAUUUAUUUUGGGGAUUUUUUACGCUUCAAGAUGGGGUUGCUGACGAUAUUAAAGAAGAUGAAGCAGAAGGAGCGGGAGAUGAGGCUUCUGAUGCUAGGUCUGGAUAACGCAGGGAAGACGACCAUCCUGAAGAAGUUCAACGGAGAAGACGUCAGCACCAUCUCUCCAACGCUGGGCUUCAACAUCAAAACCCUGGAGCACAGAGGCUUUAAGCUGAAUAUCUGGGACGUUGGAGGUCAGAAGUCCCUGCGCUCCUACUGGAGGAACUACUUUGAGAGCACGGACGGGCUGGUGUGGGUGGUGGACAGCGCUGACCGACUCCGAAUGGAGGACUGCAGGCAGGAACUGAGCGCGCUGCUGCUGGAGGAGAGAUUAGCUGGUGCAACGCUGCUGGUGUUUGCCAACAAACAGGAUUUACCAGGAGCGCUGACCAAAGAGGCGAUACGAGAGGUUUUGGCUCUGGAUGACAUCAAUACUCAUCACUGGUGCAUCAUCGGCUGCAGCGCAGUGACAGGAGAGAACCUGUUGGCCGGAGUGGACUGGAUGUUAGAUGAUAUUGCUGCAAGGAUCUUCACUGCAGAAUGAGACUCUGGUUCUGUUAGAAUUAGAAACCUGGACUUUUGUUUUGCUUUUGUGUUAUAAGAGAUGUUUGAGUUUCUUUAUUAAAUGGUUGUCUCUAUGA